UUGGUCGUCUACGGGAGGAGAAUUAAGAGAAUACAAUCAGAGGAGAGAUGGCCUCAGGAUUUUCUUGGAUGCAGGAAACAACUUCUUCUUCUACGCCGAUCUCUUCUACUUCUUCUUCUACGAUUUAUUCUUAUACUACUUGUACGACUUCUUCUUCUACUACUUCUUCUUCGUCUGCGGAAAUAGACCAUGCUCACGGUGUUUUUGUUUGGCUAGCGGGUGCUGAACUCCAUCUCCCAGAGUGCACAGCGACAGGGGCUGCUCGUCUCUCAUUGGCCCAGCUCUCCGAGCAGCGGAGGCAGACAUGAGGCAGUGGUGAGAGCCCGGCGGAGAGCUGCGGAGCUGAAAUGAAGCGCACACACGGAGCGGCUCAGACCGUGCGGCGGCUCAGUGCGGCUCAGGAAGGGAAGGCUCCGCGCCGCUGAAAGCUGAAGGCUGCUCCCGGGCUGAAUGAAGGAAGGGCUCCGUCCAUGCGGAGGCUAGCGCUCACUCUGCUGCCCUGUGCCGUUGCCGUCCUGGUGCACUUGUGGUUGGCACAACGACCCUCCUCCACCCCGCUGGACAACAACACACACUCGGAUGAAGCAUUACCUUUCUAUGAAGUUUUGGUGGGAGUGCUGUCAGCGAGACACCAUUAUGAACUGCGACAAGCGAUAAGGGAGACCUGGCUGGGCUACCUCCGAGACCACCCCCACUUCCAGCACAGAGUGGGGGUGAAGUUUAUCGUGGGAAAACAUGGGUGUCCCAUUCCAGAGGAGGACAGAGAGGAUCCGUACUCCUGCUCCAUCCUGAACUUCACCGAGCCAGGGAGAGGGCAGGACGCCGAGAUUGAGAUCGUGACGGUGUCUGACCCCUCGGUUCUCGCCCCCUCCGACGUGUCGGCCAUUGCCUUGGAUUUCAAAGUCCUCCACCCGGUGGUGAUCACCAGGCUGGGGGUGUUUCCCAGCGGGACCAGGCCCGAGCUUCAGACCAACGUAACGGUGAAGCUUCUCCAGCUGGACCAGGAGGAGGCUGUGGUUACUGCUCGCUUCAGUGCCAUCAGUACAGGGACCAUGGUGAACGGGGUGUGGUACAAACCAGUGGAGCAGUUCAUCUUGCCAAAGGGUUUUGAGGGGACGCUGGUUUGGGAGAGUCUGGACUCUUCUGGAUUGACGACGGUCAACUCCUCGUCUGUGCAGCUCAAUGACGGAGGAGGUGUCCUCAAGAUCUCCUCUAUUGCAGAGGGCAUAUUGCCUCAUAGAAGUGCUCUUGGAUUCCCCGGUUUGGCUGGAGGGUUCACAUUUACUAUCUACGAUGGAGACGGUCUGGAGGAGCUUCUGCGGGGCCGCCCAGCCAGGAUGGAGCACCAUGCCUCCAGGCUGAGGCAGGAGGACGCCGCCUUGCAGCAGGAGAGCCUGAGGCACGGCGACAUGGUGUUCGUAGACGUGGUAGACACCUACAGGAAUGUGCCUUCCAAACUGCUUCAGUUCUAUAAAUGGUCUGUGGGAAACGCUGACUUUAAUCUGCUGCUGAAGACGGAUGAUGAUUGUUACAUCGACGUGGACUCGGUAUUAAUGAAGAUUGACCACAAAGGUCUCAAGCGCAGCAAUUUCUGGUGGGGGAAUUUCAGGCAGAGCUGGGCAGUGGAUCGCAUCGGGAAGUGGCAGGAGCUGGAGUACGCUAGUCCGGCCUACCCGGCGUUCGCCUGUGGCUCGGGCUACGUGGUCUCUCGUGACCUGGUCCAGUGGCUCGCCAGUAAUGCAGAGAAGCUGAAGGCCUACCAGGGAGAAGAUGUGAGCAUGGGGAUAUGGAUGGCAGCUGUUGGGCCACAGAAAUAUCAGGACCCCGGCUGGCUCUGUGAGAAAGAGUGCUACCUGGACAUGCUGUCGUCCCCCCAGCACACGGCCGAGGAGCUGCACAUCCUCUGGGACAGGAAGAGGGCCUGUGGAGACCCCUGCGGUUGCCCCUGGGGCCGCUAAAUCUGGAUCACACCACAACUCACCACGUGGCACUGUGGGUAAAACACACUCACCGCUGGUCGUCAGCUCAGCUUCUGUGGUUUCCUCCAAACCCCAAACUGAGCCGUUAAGAGUUUUAUUCAUAUUAUAAAUGAUAUAAACACUUUUUUUUUUGUUGGAAAAUAAUCUUAAAACCUUGAGGUUCCAUUGCAGGUUCUUAAUAUUAACAAAACACUCAACAUAAGAAAACAUUUGCAGCUUCAGAAAACAUUACAAACACAUUUAGCCGUAGCACACUGUCAGUAUUUGUAUCAUGAAAUCAGUUGUGGGUUUAAAGAUGUCUUAGUAAUGACAAGAACCAUGUGCAACACCAGCAUGUGAUGGUCACCGUGUACAGAAUCUUUGCUGUAAGACUUGAGUACUUUGUAAUCUUAUAAAUUACUGGUACUCUGAUAUUCGACAGACUUAAACCUUUUGGUUUAAAAGGGAUAUUUGAUGGUAUUUUAAAAAAGACGACUGCUUUACAUUGCUAUAUUUUGUAAAUUAUUGUCUCAAGCUUUUCAUCCUCCUUCACUAUUUGUAGAUUUAUGACGAGUUUUCUCACAAACACACACACACACACACACACACACACACACACAAUUUGUACUGUAACUGUCAUUGUGCAAAUAGUGCUGUGGCCUUACUGUAUUUGUCGGGGCGUCAAACUUGUUACGUAGGUUUAACACGGAUUUAAAUCGGUGUAUUUGCAACACAAAUUUUUUGGAACUUGACGAAGCAGUCGGAGUGGACUGUGGAACAGACUCAGUAUAGUUUAACACUGGUUUUACGAAACCCUCCUCACAGGUAAUAAAGAACACUUAAAGAGA